AUGUCCAAUCCACCUCAGUACGGACCUACCGCCCUCCCCCAAGGUGCAAACGACGGUGGCGACGGCUCCUCCCUCGACAAGGCAACCUGGGUAGCUGGCAGCGACAAGAACGCCAGGAGCUUCAUUAUACUCCAAGGCAAGGACUAUGUACGCUGCAACAUGGGAGAUGCUCUCCAGUUCUACGACUCGGGCUACCGCGUAUUCGACCCGCCUACUGGUCGCCGAGUCAAGUUCCAGUACACGCAACCUGGUCGUCCCAAGUUCGGCGCGUUUGAGCACCAGUAUUGGGAAAUCCAGAUGGAGGAGCAUGCUUCGCUGGUGAGGGGCGAUCGCUUGCCUGGAGAGGAUCUGGGUGAAGAUGCCGAAGAGGAAUAUGAGACCGCGGGCGAUGCUGUAUUCGAUCGCGUCGAGCAGCCACCUUCGACUCCUUCGAGAAGUACACGGGGCAGCCCUGCUAUGUCACCUCCUUCUGGCGGUCGCGGUCGCGGCAGUCCUUCAACUCCACGAGGCCCCAGCUCUGGCGGUCAACCAGGAUCUGGUCGUGGCUCAGCUGGUCGCGGCUCCAACACUCCUCGAGGUCGCGGCUCAGCUGGCUCCAGACGAGGUCAAGGAUCUCCACAGUCACCGACGUCACCCUCCUUCGGCAAGGGCAAGGGUCCAGCUGGCUCUCCUAGCGGCGGCUCUCCCGGUUCUGGAGCGGCUUGA